AUGAAUCGAAUGAAGCUGAAAUAUAAUAAGUUGAAAAUAAAAGCAUCUAAAUUUUAUAACCGCCUGCAAAGUAUACCUGAUGGCAGUUCUGAAUCUGAAUGGUCUGAUGAUGAGGAUUUGUACACACCUUUACUACCACAAGAUAGAUGUGUUGUUUCUGAUACUGAUGAUGAUAUUCCUACUAAUGGAGAUUAUUUAGUCAUUCCUGCAUCUGAUGAUGAAAUUGCCUCAGAAGAUGAAAAUGAUGUACCCCUUUCUAUACGACUUAGUAGGUUAGUUUCCAAUAAAUCAAAAAAAGCUAAGGAACCAAAACCAGUUUGGUUAGAGGAAAAUUAUAUUACAAAUCCAGAAACAAUAACAUUUACUGGUGAUACAACAUUACCAGAAAAUAUUUUGUCGCUAACUGAUCCAUAUCAGUUUUUCAGUUUUUUAUUUCCAUCCACACUUAUACAAUAUAUAACUGAUCAAACUAAUAUUUAUGCAUCACAAAUUAGUCCUAAUAAACUGCCAAAUAUUUGUGUAAAAGAAAUAGAACAAUUUAUUGGUAUAUGUUUAAAAAUGUCAGUUUGUAAGCUACCCUCUGUACGUCACCAUUGGGGAAAUCUGGGUACACCUUCAAUAUAUAAUGUCAUGUCUGUAAACAGAUUUGAAGAAAUAAAACGUUUUAUUAAUUUCAACGAUAACAGCAAAUUGCCAGAAAGAAACAAUGCAGAUUAUGAUAAACUUUACAAAGUCAGAGCUUUAUGUGAACAAAUUCUAAAUAUUAUUAGAAGUAUACCUAAGGAAGAACAUUUAGCAGUGGAUGAACAAAUAAUCCCUACCAAAAGUAGAACAUCACUCAAACAAUAUAACCCCAAAAAGCCCCAUAAAUGUUGUUAUAAAGUUUUUGUUUUGAGUGGUGUAUCAGGAUUCUGUUAUGAUUUUGAUAUUUUUGCUGGAGCUCAAAGUAAUAUCAUUCCUAACUCCUGUCCAAAUAUGUCAGUCAGUAGCAAUGUAGUUCUUAGAAUGAGUAACUUUAUACCAAGACACUGUAAUUAUAAAAUAUUUUUUGACAAUUGGUUUACUUCCAUCCCUUUAUUAAUAUAUUUACAUAAGGAAGGUAUUUUACCAAUAGGUACUGCUCGAUUGAAUAGAUUGUCAGAUGGAGUUACAAUUAUUGCUGUAAGUUGGUUGGAUAAUAAAAUUGUAAAUAUGGUUUCAACAUAUGCCGGAAGUCAACCUGUUAUAGAAAAAAAACGUUUUUUUAAAUCAGAAAACAGACAUAAAAUUAUAACUUGUCCAAAUGUAGUUGGAGUUUAUAAUUCAUACAUGGGAGGUGUUGAUCUUAUUGAUUCUAUGUUGGGGUACUACAGAAUUCCAUUAAGUUCUAAGAAAUAUUAUAUGAAAAUAUUUUAUCAUUUGAUAGACCUAUGUGUUGUCAAUGCAUGGUUAUUAUACAGACGAGUCCAUCCAAGUGAACCAUACCUAUCUUUAGUGGACUUCAAAAUAUUGAUUUCAGAAGUUCUUUGUGAAAUGAAGAGAACUACUCCAAAGAGAAAAGGCCGACCUACUGCUGAAGAAAAUAGAAUACAAGGACUUAUUGAUAAAAAAAAAAAAAGGGGACCAUGCACUGAACUUCCUGCAGAAGAUGUUCGUUUGGAUGGUAUGGACCAUUAUCCCUUUCACGACAAAAGAAGUCGCUGCAAGUAUCCAACAUGUAAAAAUAAAACUUUAUUUUAUUGUACCAAGUGUCAAUUACCUUUAUGUAUUAAUGACAAAAGAAAUUGUUUUUUGUUAUUCCAUACUCAGUAA